GGACGGACGGACGUUCACAGCGCCCUGUGGACCUGAGGCCCCAGAGAGGCGAGGACAGAGGACAGGCUGCAGUGAGAGCAGGCUGGACGGAGGCUCACAGGGCCCUGUGGACCUGAGGCCCCAGAGAGGCGAGGACAGAGGACAGGCUGCAGUGAGAGCAGCCUGGACGGACGGACGCUCACAGCGCCCUGUGGACCUGAGGCCCCAGAGAGGCGAGGACAGAGGACAGGCUGCAGGGAGAGCAGCAUUUUCCUCCCGCAGCGUAAGACACAUCUGCCAGACGCCCCGCCACUAUGAGGAUGGAAAAGAGCCAGGAGACCACUUCGAAGGUGGCAACGACAGAGACAUCUUCAAUCCGCCAAGAAAGUCGUUUGACCCAUGGGAGCACCCCCAUUUUUUCCGUGGACAAGAGGAGCUUGGAUUUGGAGCCACGGUGGCAAAAACUCGAAGCUGGUGUCGGUUUGCAAAGGGACUACAAUGACAUUCCUCCAGGUGAAGAUGUGGAGCAACAAGAUGGAGAUCUGUCCCCUGAAGAAGGAAUAUUUUUGAAAGAGUUUCCCAUAAUGAAAGCGGAACUAGAAAUGGCCAUCAGAAAGUAUCGUGCCCUCGCAGACGACAUCGACAAAACCCACAAAGAUUUCACCGAGACCAGCCUGGUGACCAACUCGGUCGCUGUGGCCUCCGGAGCCAUGAGCCUCCUGGGGUUGGCCCUUGCUCCGGUCACAGCCGGAGGAAGCCUGAUGCUUACAGCUGCUGGUUCAGGUUUGGGGGCAGUUGCUGGGGCCACCAGUGUGUUGACCAGCAUUUUGGAAUACCGUCACAAUAAAAAAGCCCAAGCUCAGGUCAGCAGCGAAUUGUCUGCCCCUGACCCAAAAGUCAAGGAGGCUGUGGCCUAUGCCGUGGAGGCUGGAAGGACUGUCUAUAACUGUGGGAAAACCUUCAAGGGCAUCAGGAAGAACAUCCAGGCCUUGCAGGUCGCCAGAGCCCAACCGCGCCUGGCCGCUGCCGCCAAGCGUCUCCUGGUCACUGGCGAAGCCUCGACCCGGACGACCAGGAGUGUGCAAAGGGCGUUUAGAGGCACACCGCUAGCGAUGGGGAGCAGCGCUUUCUUGCGGAACACCGUAUUGAAUGGCCUCUUCCUGGGCAUGGAUUUGGACAGUCUCCUGAAGGACUGGAAGGAGCUGAAGCAGGGACCCAGGACCGAGUUGGCGGACUUGCUGAGGGCCAAGGCUGAGGAGCUAGAGAGAGAGCUGGCAGAACUCACCCAGCUCUAUGAGGAGCUGCAGAAACUCUUGCAGGAAAAAAGCCUUAGGAGCUCAUCUUCCAAGGAAGCCAAGGCGACUCUAACUCAGCCCCCAGCCCAGCAAGGGAAAGCAGGACCCGGGCGGCAGUCCCCACUCACUCUCUCCCUGCCGUCUGCUGCCGCAGCCUCCAAGCUCCCCGAGGACGACGAGCCUCCGGCCCCCGCUGGGCCCCGCUCCACGCCAGCGGCGCCCAAGCACAGGAGCUCCUCUGGCUCCGUGGUUGUCGACCUCCUGUACUGGAGAGACAUUAAGAAGACUGGAGUGGUGUUUGGUGCCGGCUUGUUCCUACUACUUUUAUUGACAGUAUUCAGCAUUGUGAGCGGAACGGCUUAUGCCUUGGCCCUUCUCUCUGUGACUAUCAGCUUUAGACUAUACAAGGGUGUGAUCCAAGCUAUCCAGAAAUCAGAUGAAGGCCACCCAUUCGGGGCAUAUUUGGAAUCUGAUGUUGCCAUAUCCGAGGAGUUGGUUCAGAAAUACAGUCAUUCUGCUCUUGGACAUGUGAACUGCACGAUAAAGGAACUCAGACGCCUCUGCUUAGUUGAUGAUUUAGUUGAUUCUCUGAAGUUUGCAGUGUUGAUGUGGGUAUUUACCUAUGUUGGAGCCUUGUUCAAUGGUCUGACACUACUGAUUUUGGCUCUGAUUUCACUCUUCAGCGUUCCUGUUAUUUAUGAGCGGCAUCGGGCGCAGAUAGAUCAUUAUGUAGCACUUGCAAAUAAGAAUGUCAAAGAUGCUAUGGCUGAAAUCCAAGCAAAAAUCCCUGGAUUGAAGCGCAAAGCUGAAUGAAAAAAAGCCUGAAGUGAUUCACAGAAGGAGUUUAUUUUUAAAGGGGAUAUACAUGUGAUUCCAUGGGGGAGGGUCAGGGAAGAAUGGCGCCUUGACAUUGCAGAGCCACAGAUUUUUAUUUUUGGCGAUGCAGUGUCUGAGGAGAAAUCACCUCUUGGCUGCCGCGUGUUCAUCUUAAGUAUCGUGAGCUGCUAUGUAUGGAUUGAAUCCGUGGUCAUACUUGUUUUUCCUAUCCGAGGCACUGGUGAAUGAAAAAGAUCUGAGAAAGCUGUAUAUUAUACUUUGUUGCAGGUAGUCUUGCUGUAUUUGGGGAAUUGCAGAGAACAUGAAGCUGAAAAAACAAACAAAACCCUUUUCACAGUCUGUGCACUGUGUGUGUAUGGUCUGUGUAGAUUGAUGCAGAUUUUCUGAAACAAAAUGUUUAGAUGAGAUCAUACCACUAAAGCAGGAGUGGAAAAGCUUGCCUUUCUGGUAUGUUCUAGGUGUAUUGUGAAUUUUACUGUUAUAUUAAUUGCCAAUAUAAGUAAAUAUAGAUUAUAUAUA